AUGGCCGCGGCGGAGGCGGCGGCGCGCAAGCGGCGGCCCAAAGGGCACUUCGCGGCGGCGGCCGGCCGGGCCAAGCGGCCCCGCGGCGGCGGCCGGCAGCUGGAAGCCGGCAUGCGCGGCAUCCUCAUCACCUGCAACAUGAACGAGCGCAAGUGCGUGGGAGAGGCCUACAGCCUCCUUGGCGAGUACGGGGACCAGCUCUACGGGCCCGAGCAGUUUUCAGAUCAGGAGGAGCGGCUGUCGGGAAGCGAGAGGGAGGAGGAUGAGGAUGAUGUUGAGGCUGCCCUGAAGAAGGAGGUCGGCCAGAUCCGUGCCUCGACAGAGCAAAAGCUGCGGCGGUUCCAGUCGGUGGAGAGUGGUGCCAACAACGUGGUCUUCAUCAGAACCCAGGGCAUAGAACCUGAGAACCUGGUGCACCACAUACUAAAGGAUAUGCAUGCCACUAAAAAGAAGAAAACAAGGGUCAUUCUGCGCAUGCUGCCCAUUUCUGGAACUUGCAAGGCUUUUAUGGAGGAUAUGAAAAAAUAUGCAGAAACCUUUUUUGAGCCUUGGUUUAAAGCCCCUAAUAAGGGUACUUUUCAGAUUGUUUACAAAGCUCGUAACAACAGUCACAUGAGUAGGGAAGAAGUAAUUAAGGAGUUGGCAGGAAUUGUGGGCAGCCUCAAUACAGAGAACAAAGUUGAUCUUAAUAACCCACAAUAUACAGUUGUGGUGGAAAUAAUUAAAAACGUCUGUUGCUUGAGUGUGGUGAGAGACUAUGUUCUGUUCAGAAAAUACAAUCUACAGGAGGUGGUGAAGAACAACAAAGAUGACACACAAAAAACCCCAUCAAGUCUGGCAGAAGAGCAGAACUCGAAGGCAGUAAAACCAGAAACCGAGGAGGAGGAGAAGAGCUCAGAAGAAAAGAAAGAGAACGAGAAUCAAGGUGAAACAGAAGCUGAGCCCAAGGGGAAUGAUGUACUGACAGUGUAGAAAAUGUGGUAGAAGGGAAAGGUAAACACAAUAGAAACUUACGAAAGGAAGUUGCCCUAGAGUUCUGAAAGGCGUUUUAAAGAGUGGAUUUUGUUUUGAAGUCUUGUUUUUGAAAUCCACAUAAGAAUUUUAAUGCUCAUUGCAGGUGGAGCUGACAUUACAGCAGAGCUAAGUGUGCUUCACCUUGCUGUCAUUCUCCUGCAGGUUUGUUCUGCAUUGCCUUUACCUAGCACAGAAAGCAGGAGUGUGUGUGUGUAUGCUUUUGUCAGUGUGGCCAUUGUGACUUAUUUCUACUCUCCUCUGGUGGCUACAGAAACCAAAAGGCAGUGCUGAAUCAGUCCUUGUCAGGAAGUAUUGACAGAAGUGAGAGAUCUGGAAAAGCCAUCUGAUUGCAGGGAGGUUCCAAGGAAGUGAUCUGACAACUUGUGUGACUGCAGAACUCGGAUAUGUUUCUCUCUGUGAACAACAGACUGAGCGAAACUUGAUCAUUUCCUGUUUGAUGAAGGGAGAUAUACACAUGUUGCUCUACAAGGCCAUGAUAAGUCUUGAAAGCAAAUGGAAGAACUGCUAUGAUCAAAAUACUUGAAUACUAUGAGACAUAGAUUAAUAGAUUUGACUGUUCUGGAACAGAAGUACAGAGCAGGCAUUACAGAUGGUUUUAGCAAAAACUGUGUGUUUACAUUAGCUGUGUAUACAGCAGUUAUUGGUUUAUGGGAAAUACUGUAAGCACUAAACAGAAUCCCUUUGAGUAAUUUCCUGCAAAUAGCCUUUUGCUGCUCUUUCCAAAGACUUAAUCCUUGAAGGGGGUUUAUAAGGUGGGUUUUGUGUUAUUGUUUUUCUUAGAUUAAAAAAUUUAAGUUGAAGUCAUCCUGGCAAAGUUAUGAAAGAAGCUCUGCAUUAUACUAUACUGGAUAAGGAGAAUUAAGUUUAAUUUUGGGUACAAUUUUAGCUUUACAGUAUUAAUUUUGUUUCAAAAUAGAAAUAAUGUGAGUCUUUCUGUUGUCUGUUACAGCAGCUCUUUUGCUAUCCCACUGACUUUUAAAAAAACAACCAAAAUCAGUGCAGCUCUGACCUGCUUUCCAGUAGGGUUUUGAGGAUGCUUCCUGUACCACCGUCUAGCUUUAGUAUUUCAUUUCUAGCAUAAAAGCCUGUGGGUUGCUAAUGGGAAAAGACUCAUCUUGAGGAACACCACUUGUUAUGUGUCUUGGUUUAAUGACUAGAAUGUGUUCAAGUCUCUCAGCAGUCUUUAAUUUAUAUUUUCCUCUUUCAAAAUUGUUUUAGAAGUUGAAAAACUAAGGUGACUCUUUUUUCCCUCGUCCUGUCUUCCUUACCACCCAUUUAUUAAAGUUCUGCUUUCUUA